GUAUUGGGAGAUCGGUGGGCUAACAUCUGUAGGUGGACAGAAGACCGCUGGGCUCUUUUACAAGACAUCCUUCUCAAAUGGCAACGUUUUACUGAAGAACAGUGCCUUUAUAGUGCGUGGCUUUCAGAAAAAGAAGAUGCAAUGAACAAGAUUGACAUAACUGGCUUUAAGGAUCAAAAUGAAAUGUUAUCAACUCUUCAAAAACUGACUGUCUUAAAAGCAGAUCUAGAAAAGAAAAAACAAACUAUGGACAAACUCUAUUCACUCAAUCACGAUCUUCUUUCAACACUGAAAAAUAAGUCAGUGACUCAAAAGAUGGAAGCAUGGCUUGAAAACUUCGCCCAGCGUUGGGAAAAUUUAGUCCAAAAACUUGGAAAAUCUUCAGCACAGAUUUCACAGGCUGUCACCACCACUCAGCCAUCACUAACACAGACAACUGUAAUGGAAACGGUAACUAUGGUGACCACGAGGGAACAAAUCCUGGUAAAGCAUGCCCAAGAGGAACUUCCACCACCACCUCCCCAAAAGAAGAGGCAGAUUACUGUGGAUUCUGAAAUUAGGAAAAGGUUGGAUGUUGAUAUAACUGAACUUCACAGUUGGAUUACUCGCUCAGAAGCUGUGUUGCAGAGUCCUGAAUUUGCGAUCUAUCGGAAGGAAGGCAACUUCUCAGAUCUUAAAGAAAAAGUCAAUGCCAUAGAGCGAGAAAAAGCCGAGAAGUUCAGAAAACUGCAAGAUGCCAGCAGAUCAGCGCAGGCCCUGGUGGAACAGAUGGUGAAUGAGGGUGUUAAUGCUGACAGCAUCAAACAAGCCUCAGAACAACUGAACAGCCGGUGGAUCGAGUUCUGCCAGUUGCUAAGUGAGAGACUUAACUGGCUGGAGUAUCAGAACAACAUCAUCACUUUCUAUAAUCAGCUACAACAAUUGGAGCAGAUGACAACUACUGCUGAAAACUGGUUGAAAAUCCAACCCACCACCACAUCAGAGCCAACAGCAAUUAAAAGUCAGUUAAAAAUGUGUAAGGAUGAAGUCAAACGGCUAUCAGCUCUUCAACCUCAAAUCGAACGAUUAAAAAUUCAAAGCAUAGCCCUGAAAGAGAAAGGACAAGGACCCAUGUUCUUGGACGCAGACUUUGUGGCCUUUACAAAUCAUUUUAAGCAAGUCUUUUCUGAUGUGCAGACCAGAGAGAAAGAGCUACAGACAAUUUUUGACGCUUUGCCACCCAUUCGCUAUCAGGAGACAAUGAGUACCAUCCGGACAUGGAUCCAGCAGUCAGAAACCAAACUCUCUAUACCACAACUUGGCGUCACCGAAUAUGAAAUCAUGGAGCAGAGACUCGGAGAGUUGCAGGCUCUACAAAGUUCCCUGCAAGAGCAACAAAGCGGACUAAACUAUCUCAGCACCACUGUAAAAGAGAUGUCAAAGAAAGCACCCUCUGAAAUUAGCCGGAAAUUUGAAGCAGAAUUUGAAGAUAUUGAGGGACGCUGGAAGAAGCUCUCCUCCCAGCUUGUUGAGCAUUGUCAAAAACUAGAGGAUCACAUGAAUAAACUUCGGAAAAUUCAGAAUCACAUAAAAACCCUGAGGAAAUGGAUGGCAGAAGUUGAUGUUUUUCUGAAGGAGGAAUGGCCUGCCCUUGGGGAUUCAGAAAUUCUAAAGAAGCAACUGAAACAGUGCAGACUUUUAGUCAAUGAUAUUCAGACAAUUCAACCCAGUCUAAACAGUGUCAAUGAAGGUGGGGAGAAGAUCAAGACUGAAGCGGAGCCAGAUUUUGCUUCCAGACUUGAGACAGAACUCAGAGAACUUAACACACAGUGGGAUCACAUGUGUCAGCAGGUCUAUGCCAGAAAAGAAGCCUUGAAGGGAGGUUUGGAUAAAACUGUAAGUCUUCAGAAAGAUCUAUCAGAAAUGCAUGAAUGGAUGACACAAGCUGAAGAGGAAUAUCUGGAGAGAGAUUUUGAAUAUAAAACUCCAGAUGAAUUACAGGCAGCAGUUGAAGAGAUGAAGAGAGCCAAAGAAGAAGCCCAGCAAAAAGAAGCAAAAGUGAAACUACUUACUGAGUCCGUAAAUAGUGUCAUUGCUCAAGCCCCACCUGUAGCACAAGAAGCCUUAAAAAAGGAACUUGACACACUAACCACAAAUUAUCAGUGGCUCUGCACUAGGCUGAAUGGGAAAUGCAAGACUUUGGAAGAAGUUUGGGCAUGUUGGCAUGAGUUAUUGUCAUACUUGGAGAAGGCAAACAAGUGGCUCAAUGAAGUAGAAUUCAAACUUAAAACCACUGAAAAUGUUCCUGCUGGUGCUGAGGAAAUCUCUGAGGUGCUAGAUUCACUUGAAAAUUUGAUGCAACAUUCAGAGGAUAAUCCAAAUCAGAUUCGCAUACUGGCACAGACCCUAACAGAUGGUGGAGUCAUGGAUGAACUGAUCAAUGAGGAACUUGAGACAUUUAAUUCUCGUUGGAGGGAACUACAUGAAGAGGCUGUGAGGAGGCAAAAGUUGCUUGAACAGAGUAUCCAGUCUGCCCAGGAGAUUGAAAAAUCCUUACACUUAAUUCAGGAGUCCCUUACAUUAAUUGACAAGCAGUUGGCAGCUUAUAUUGCAGACAAAGUGGACGCAGCUCAAAUGCCUCAGGAAGCCCAGUAUGUAAACACAACGCGACAUAAGCGCAUGUUGAAAUCCUCCAUGUCAUUAUGUGUAGAUGGUGCACAUUUUACACAGAACAUGACCACCCUGUUACUUCGAUGA